CUGUUUGCGCUCCCACUGGUUCUGGCAAAACAGUUUUGCUUGAAAUGGCAAUUGUUCGGGAGCUCAUGAAAAUUGAUUGUGGUUUAUCUGCGCAAACCUCUUUCAAAGACCUGCACAUUCUCUACUUAGCUCCUCUUAAAGCGAUUGUUGAAGAAAAAUGCAAUGAUUGGCACAAAAAGUUUUCCUCGUUUGGAUUAAAAUGUUUCGCUUUAACCGGUGACACCGAGUUUGACGACUACAGUUCUGUCCAAGUUUUCUCUUACACUAACAUCAACAUCAUACUCACUACACCUGAGAAGUUUGAUCACGUUAUUCGAACUGAUCCCCGAAGUCGAGAGCUUUUGCGAGUUCUCAAGUUAAUCUUGAUUGACGAAGUUCACAUACUUUCUGAUCGACAGCGAGGAGAUGUCCUUGAAGCGACCAUUACGCGAAUCAAGGCUCUACGAUCUAAACACAAUUCUUCAUCACAGUUGGUCUUGCCGCCACUGAGAUUCAUCGCCAUUUCUGCCACUGUUCCCAACGUAAGUGACGUUGCUGCUUGGCUUGACAGCUCAAACGGAAUGGGCGUAACGAUUUCCCAAAAUUUGCGACCUGUCAAACUUGAAAAGAUCGUUUUAGGGUAUGACCCUAUUCCUUCAGCUCGAGCUUCGGAGUACCGCUUCGAAAUUCAGUUGUCCUACAAAGUGGAGGCCAUCAUUCGUGCUCACUCGGACUCCAAGCCUGUUAUUGUGUUCUCUUCAACUCGAAAAUCUGUUGAGUUUACAGCCAAAGUUUUGGCGGCUUCAAAUGAAACCUACUUCUUCAGCGACAACCACCGUGAUGAGUACUUCAACGAAGUUUCUAAGCUCAUCAAUGCUAAUUUUGAUAUUUCAAGUGGUUUCAUUUACGACAACGAGAGCUACUUUAAAAACGUUGAUCUGAAAACGUGCUUGGCUUCUGGUGUUGGCUUCUACCACUCGGGCAUGGAUCCUGCCGAGCGUCGUUUGCUAGAAAAACUGUUUGCCAAGUCGCUUAUUCCAGUUUUAGUUUCCACUUCAUCAUUGGCAAUGGGAGUCAAUUUGCCCGCUCACAUGGUCAUCAUCAAAAAUACCGUGCAGUACUUGGCUGGAAAGACAAUUGAAUACGACUCUGCUCAAGUUUUGCAAAUGAUUGGUCGUGCUGGACGCUCUCAGUUUGACGUCACUGCAAAAGCAGUCAUAAUGACGGAGACAAGCAAGAAGAACUUUUACGACACGCUUCUGAACUCUGAUAAAGCAAUUGAAAGUGUCUUGCCGUUAACCUUAAUUGAGCAACUAAUGAUAGAAAUUGUUCUCCGCACUGUGACAAGCAUCGAGACGACCGUCGAAUGGAUCUGCUCUACAUUCAUGUACAUUCGAAUUGUUUCCAAUCCUUCUUACUACGGUAGCUCAAUUGCCAAAGGAGACAUCAAAGGAUCACUUCCAUUCAUUUUCAACUGGUCUCACGAGAACAUCAACAAAUUGGCUAAUUUGAGUCUUAUCAAUAUGAAGCCGGAAAGUAACUCUUUUGAGCCCACUCACCUCGCUCGCAUAGUUACUCGCUAUGGAAUUUCUAUCAAAUCAACCGAGCUGCUCUUCAAAAUGCUCAAAGAGGGCUUUAAUUUAAAAAUGCUUUUGGAAAAACUGAGUGAGUGCCAAGAGCUGUCAAGUGAUAUCAUCCUUCGUGUGUCAGAGAAAAAGUUCCUUAACGAGUACAGCAAAAGUCUGCGUUUCAAGUCAAAAGAUAAGAUAAAAAACAGUUCAAUGAAAAUUAACUGUCUUCUUCAGGCUACAUUUGAGUCCAUUCAAAUUGAUAGCACUUUAACUCAAGAUUCGUCUAAUCUGGUUCGCCGUGGCCAGCGAAUUACCAAGUGCUUUGUUGAAAUUUGUCUGUAUUUGUUUAGUUUGCCCAAGUAUUCAAGCUUAAAAGAAAAGUUUUCCUGUCAAGAGAUGCACUUUGAAACGAUUGCAUCUGCAGUUUUGUUGUCAAAGUCUUUUCGCGCUCAACUUUGGCACGAUUCUAAAUUUGUUUCAAAACAACUUUCCGAAAUUGGGCCAGUGCUAAGUCGCACUCUAGUGGAAAAAGGGUACGAUUCAUUCGAGAAAAUUAUGGACGAAAAUCCUCGUAACAUUGAGUUUUGCCUUCAUCGAAAUCCACCAUUUGGAUCGUACUUACAAGAGGAGAUAAAAUCGUUGCCAAAUUACGAUUUGAGUUUGACCAAAGUUGAUCUUUCAUGCGAUUUCAAGUUUUUGGCCAAUCAAUCAAUUCAAUCUUUGUCUCAAGUUCGUCUUGACUUGUCUAUCAAACAAGGAAGCUCUUCUAAGCCUUUUCUCAAUCCGAAAAAACAUUCUUGCAUUUUAGUUGUUGGCUGCCAAGAAUGCAAUUACCUACUUUCAUUUGAGCGAACUAAUGAUGAAGUUCUACAGUCGUGCGGCGCCAUUCUGAAAAACAUCAUCGUUGUUCAGACAAAGUUUGCCUAUGCCAAUGAUUCAUCACAGUCAAAAUCAUUGGCUGAGUCUCCAGAGUUUGAGGCUCUGUUUGAAAUGAGCUCUCAGAUGACUAAAGGCAACAAAAAGCAGAAAAUUUCCAUCCCUAUGCCAGCUCCUAAAAAGACCAAGAUUGACCCGUCAAAUGUUGCUCAAAUCAAGCGAGAAGACACUUCAGAGUUCUUGAAUUUUGUCAACAAAAUGACCGCUGCUCAAAAUGAGGAGUUUGUUAAUCACUCGAAAACCAAUCAGUUUAUCUUUCACUACACCUACGGCAACCACCAGCGUCACACUAUUCAAGCCAUGUUUGUUUCUGAGUCUUUUGUUGGCCUUGACGUUGAGGCCAAACUAGCUUUGAGCUUCAGCACCACUGUUUAUCCUAAAUCAAAGCGACAGCUCAACUCAGUGCAGCAGACUCUCAUUUGCAAAGACAAUCAGCUUCGAUUUUCAUCAUCAAAAGAUGAGCAUCAAAUUGGCUUAGCCAGCUCAUCAAGCUCAAUUGUGAACCCCUUUUCAAGUACCGUCAGUUCCAUCAACCUGACAGAUCACGAGCUCGUGUCCACUCUGAAUGACACAAUUUUUAUUACUGAUGAGGACGAAAGCGACAACACUAAUGAAGUGAUAUCGGUGAAAAGCGAAAUCAACAUUGCUAGUGACAUUUCUUCUGCCCAAGUGCCGAGUACUCCAUCGGAAGUAAGCCAAGUUGACAAUGGCAGUCAGUAUGAAUCAGCUAGCUACAUCUACUCAACACAAAAAAGUCAACGAGAUCGUCGCAACUACUUUCCCACUCGUGUGUUGCCCUCUCAGGAGUACACUGCCAGUCCGUAUUUUGCCAAGAAAGCCAAUAAGUAG